GGUGGGUGUUUCAACAGCUACGCCCGCCGCAUCUCAUCUUACAGCAUUUACACACUUGCGUCAACUGUGCAAUCUUGUCGACCUCCUCGAAUCCCCCUGCAAACUCGAACAGUCCAUCGGCACCAAUGGCGCCCGCCCCAAGCGCCGUGGAAGACGCCAAACGCAUCGAAGAAGCUCAGAAGCUGGCGAAGAAUAGUCCCAGCAAAGCCGAACAGAUCUACAAAGAUGUCCUGUUGAAGGAACCUGGCUCUAGUGAUGCGGCAGUGAAGAACUUUGAAGUUGCUCUGGUGGGACUUGGAGAACUAUAUCGAGAUCAGAAGAAGGUGGACGAGCUAGCUGAGCUUGUGCGGACAACGAGAUCAGCGCUCUCAUCGUUUGCAAAGGCCAAAACUGCAAAGCUUGUGCGACAGCUCUUGGACUUCUUUACCGACAUUCCGAAUACUCUCGACAUCCAGAUUUCCGUCACGAAGUCUAGCAUAGAUUGGGCAAUAGAAGAGCGAAGAGGUUUCCUGCGGCAAAAUCUCGAAACUCGUCUCGUAUCACUUCACAUGCAGAAGCAGUCAUACUAUGACGCACUCACGCUCAUCAACAGCCUUCUAAAAGAACUCAAGAGAUUAGAUGACAAGCUGGUCCUGGUGGAGGUACAGCUUCUCGAGUCGCGUGUCUACCAUGCACUUGGCAAUGUACCAAAAGGGCGGGCGGCGUUAACUUCAGCAAGAACAUCGGCUGCAUCUGUGUACACACCACCGCUGCUACAAGCCGGUUUGGACAUGCAGAGUGGCAUGCUGCAUGCUGAAGAUAAAGAUUUCAACACUGCAUUCUCUUACUUCAUCGAAGCGAUGGAAGGCUACCAUUCUCAGGACGAAGCGCUGAAGGCGACAUCUGCUUUACAGUACAUGCUACUUUGCAAGAUUAUGCUCAAUCUCGGCGACGACGUCAACAAUCUCAUGACUUCGAAGCACGCUAUCAAAUACGCGGGGAAGAAUCUGGACGCCAUGAAGGCAGUAGCACGUGCGCACACAAACAGGAGCUUGGAAGAAUAUGAGAGAGCGCUGAUGGACUACCGUACAGAACUGGGCAGUGAUCGAUUCAUCGCGAACCAUCUGCGCAGACUGUAUGACGCUAUGCUGGAGCAAAAUCUCAUAAAGGUUAUCGAGCCCUUCAGUCGGGUCGAGAUUGAGCACAUCGCAAAGAUGGUAGGAUUAGACACACAUCAAGUGGAGCGCAAGCUGUCGCAGAUGAUCUUGGAUAAGGUCAUUGUCGGAGUCCUCGAUCAAGGCGCCGGUUGCCUAAUUGUCUACGAUGAAGCAGAACGAGAUCAAAGCUAUGAUGCUGCACUAGACACCAUCGAAAAGCUUAGCAACGUGGUGGAUGUGCUAUACACUAAUCAAGCGUCGUUACUGGAGUAGAGUAGUUCUACAGGGUUAUUAUAGCAUUAUGGAACGGACCUGUACCAUAGUAUAGAUGGUGACCAAGCCAAUACGGGAAUAAAACUAUCCGUCCAUGGCAAUCUGAAC